AUCGCCAGUGCGCUGUGUCUCUCGGACACAGCGGAUCAGGGAAAGAGCCGAAGAUGUCGGCUCGGUCAUGUGAUCAGCUGUGUCCAAUCACAGCUGAUCACAUGGGACAUGUACACUGAUCAUCAGGGCACUGAUGAUCAGUGUGCCCUGAUGAUCAGUGUGGCCCCAGAAGUGCCACCUGUCAGUGCCCAUCAGUGCCAUGUGCCAGUGCCCAUCAGUGCCAUGUGCCAGUGCCCAUCAGUGCCACAUAUCAGUGCCCAUCUGAGCUGCCUUUCAAUGUCACCCAUCAGUGCCAGUCAGUGCCACCUAUCAAUGCCAAUCAGUGCCACCUAUCAGUGCUGCCAAUCAGUGCCACCUGUCAGUGCCAGUCAGUGUCGCCUAUCAGUGCCAGUGCCAGUCAGUGCUGCCUAUCAG